AUUUCAUGUUUUCUUUCUCCAAAACACUAGGGAGGAGCCAAAUCGAUGUUCGAUAUCCUUCGACCGUCCACCUGAAACAAGCUUUGCGAAGUCUGAAGCUUCUGGGUUUUCACCGUUGAUCAAUUUGAAGGUGAUGUGAUGAGGAAGCAUAUUUGCUUUGGUUCUUCUAAAUGGAAGAGAACCGCAGCAUCAGGGGAUCCCCAAAAGUUUUAUUGAUGGGUUCCUCUAACAGAUAUGAAGAGGUGCACCAUCUUCUCAGACUAUUGUUGUCAGAUCUUCAGUCAGCGUCCCCGGUUAAAUCAUGGUCUAAAUGGUUCGGUGUUGUUCUUUAGAAGUUUAAGCCAUAUGCUCUCAUCUGGCUUGACAGAUAUGAGGCCUUUUCCUGAUUAUUCCCCCAAGAGACCGACCAUCAAGGAUGCCGAACUUGUCCAUGGCAUCUCCACCACAAUAAAGUUGCGCAGCUCUGAGCCCUUGCGCCAGAUUCUGAAGCCUUAUGAAUCAAAGUUCAGGUCUGACCAUCUAAUUUGGGUUCUCAUGGAGAUUAAGAGUGAGUAUAAGCUGGUUUUGGAUUUGUUUGAUUGGGCAUGCUUACGAAGGGAUCCAACACUAGAAGCUCGUUGCAUUGUUGUGCACAUUGCCGCAGCAUCAAAUGAUCUUAAAACAGCUCAUGGGCUUAUCCAUGACUUUUGGGCAAAACCCAAAUUAGAUGUCAGUCUUUCAUGCACUCACUUUGCUGACCGGUUGAUAUACACUUACAAGGACUGGGGUUCAGACCCCCAUGUGUUCGAUGUUUUCUUCCAAGUCCUUGUUGAACUUGGGAUGCUCAAAGAAGCAAGAAAACAUUUUGAGAAGCUGUUGAGAUAUGGGUUGGUUAUCUCUGUUGAUUCCUGUAAUUUAUUUCUUUCUCGUUUAUCUAGUACAUCUGAUGGAAUUGAGACGGCAGUAAAGUUUUUCAAUGAAUAUCUUGAAGUGGGUGUUCAUUGGAACACGUCGUCAUAUAAUAUUAUCAUUCAUUCUCUCUGUCGAUUAGGGAAGAUAAAAGAAGCCCACCAUUUACUACUGCAAAUGGAGUUGAAGGGUUGUUUGCCUGAUGUUGUAAGUUAUAGUACUUUAAUCAGCCAAUAUUGUUAUGUUGGAGAACUACAGAAUGUGUUGAAGCUCAUAGAAGAGAUGAAAAGUAAAGGAUUGAAGCUAAAUUCCUAUACCUAUAACAGCAUAUUACUUCUUCUCUGCAAGACUGGAAAACUAUCUGAAGCAGAAAUGAUAUUGAGGGAAAUGAUGGUUGUGGGAGUACGUCCUGAUAAUGUCAUCUACACAACUCUAAUUGAUGGUUUCUGUAAGUUAGGGAAUGUUCCAGCUGCUUGGAGGCUGUUUGAUGAAAUGCGGGUUAGGAAAGUUAUCCCAGAUUUUAUAACUUAUACUGCUAUUAUUCAUGGAUUCUGUCGAACAGGGAAGAUGAUGGAAGCAGAUAAGCUCUUCCAUGAAAUGGUUAGUAAAGGGUUGGAACCAGAUGAAGUUACUUAUACAGCACUGAUUGAUGGUUAUUGCAAAGCAGGUCAGAUGAAAGAGGCUUUUUCUCUUCACAACCAGAUGGUUAGUAUGGGGCUUAGCCCAAAUGUUGUCACUUAUACUGCACUGGCUGAUGGUCUUUGUAAACGAGGGGAAGUAGAUGUAGCAAACGAACUUCUUCAUGAGGUGUGUAGGAAAGGCCUUCAACUUAAUGUCUGCACUUACAACUCGAUCGUUAAUGGUCUUUGUAAAACAGGAAAUAUAGGGCAAGCAGAAGAAUUGAUGGAACAAAUGGAGGUUGCAGGGCCCCAUCCUGAUACUAUUACUUAUACUACUCUCAUGGAUGCAUACUGUAAGACAGGGGAGAUGGCUAAGGCUCACAAGGUCCUGCGUGAGAUGCUGGAUAAAGGACUUCAACCUACAGUUGUUACAUUUAAUGUACUGAUGAAUGGCUUUUGUAUGUCAGGAAUGCUAGAAGAUGGUGAGAGGUUACUUAAAUGGAUGUUGGAGAAGAAUAUUGUGCCUAAUGCCACCACCUACAAUUCUCUAAUGAAGCAGUACUGCAUCAGAAAUAACAUGCGAGCUACAACUGAGAUGUUCAAAGGCAUGUCUGCUAGUGGAGUGAUGCCCGAUAGCAACACGUAUAACAUUUUAAUAAAAGGGCAUUGUAAAGCACGGAAUAUGAAGGAGGCAUGGUUUUUGCACAAAGAAAUGGCAGGGAAGGGAUUUAUUCUUACAGCUAGUUCUUACAUUGCACUUAUAAAUGGUUUUUUUAAGAGGAAGAAGUUUGUGGAGGCAAGGGAACUCUUUGAAGAGAUGAGAAGACAAGGUUUGGUAGCAAAUAGAGAAAUAUACAACAUCUUUGUUGAUAUGAACUAUGAAGAAGGGAACAUGGACAUUACUCUUGAUCUUUGUGAUGAAGUUAUAGAGAAUUGUCUUGUUGGCAAGUCCAAAAAUGAAGACACAUAGCUUGAAUGGCAUUAUUUGGGAGAGAAAUUGCCGGUCUUGGUUUGUGCCGAUUUGCAUGUGGGGGUGCUAUGACUCCUAAGCAUGGUGAUAUUUCUCAGUUCCAUGCCUUUGAUCCAAGUGUCUUGCGCAGUUUAUCUGAAAUGAUGAGGAUGUUGUAGUUUUGAAUAGUAUCAUUUCCCUCUCAUGGAAUGAACAUCUGCAUGGCACCUGGCUAUCAACAUGUGAUGUGGAACAAAACAUAGAUGAAUCCGAGCCCUGCAAGGACUGCAUGUUCCAGACAGAUUCAAGCAAUCUCAAGACGCUUGUUUCUUUCAAAGUUUACAUGUUCGACUUUCCUUACGUCAAGAAAUGAGAAAAGCACAGCAGCAGUCUUGGUAGAGUUGAAGGUUAGGUGUAAAGGCAGAGAAGAUUCAUGUGCGCUUGCAUUUCUGAAAUUCAACAAAAAGACAACUGAAGCCGAUAUUUGGGAUUUACCAAGGCAACAGCUUCAAGCGUCAACUUAAACGAGAUCCAAAUGAAAUGCGACAUUAGGUUCAGAAAUAUAACUGAAAUGGGACUUUGUAGUUACUGAAAUUUUGCCCUAGACAGUGAUAGUUCUGUAUGCUUUUGGAGAACAACAAACAAACUAAUGAAUAUUCUGGGAUUAUUCUUUGGACCUUUCCUGUAUGCAAUAUAAAUUUCGAAGGUAUAUCUAUUCGUCUGUGACU